CUUGUCACUUGUCACUGUUGUCAAUUGUCAUUUAUCAUUAUCGAUAUAAAUAUAAAAUUUGCAGAAAGGUUUGGAUUUGGAAGACUGAAAACAGUGAAAACUGCAUUUUAAAUGGGAUUUAGUAGAAAUUAGAUAACAUUAUACAUUUAAUGAUGGAUUUAGAAUCAAUACAAAAUAUAUUUGACGCAACAUGUGUCCGGUAUUCCAUAGUAUUUCUUCUUUGGAUCGAGUUCAUCUGGGAAACAUAUUUAUCGUUCCGACAAUACCAAAAAGCACAAAGUGUAACAGAGGUCCCAGAAAUAAUUAAGAAGGUAAUGGAUGCAGAUGAAUUUGAGAAGGCGAGGCAAUAUUCACUAGCGAAAUUAAGAUUUGGUUUUGUAAGAGACACAUAUGGUAUUCUGUAUACUACCGUUGUAAUAACCUACGGUCUCCUCGCAUUUUUUUGGGACCAUGCUGAAUCUAUCAAUCCUGUAAAAGGAGAAAUCACAACUAGCUGCAUAUGGCUGUUUAGUGUCUCCCUUAUAUCAACAAUUAUCGAUUUACCAUUGACAAUAUACCACACAUUCGUGUUAGAAGAAAAAUUUGGUUUUAAUAAACAGUCCGCUGGAUUCUUUAUUUGGGAUAAGAUUAAAGCUUUUUUCGUUAGCCAACUCAUUACAUUGAUUAUUUGUUCAGUGAUUAUAAGUAUAAUUAAAAGUGGUGGGCAGUACUUCUUCAUCUGGCUAUGGGCUGUUGUUUGUGUUAUCUCAAUGGUUUUACUGACAUUAUAUCCUUCUGUAAUUGCUCCUCUCUUCGAUAAGUAUACACCAUUACCAGAAGGUGAAUUGAGAACAUCUAUUGAAAAUUUGGCUUCUGAAUUGAAAUUUCCUUUAACCCAACUGUAUGUAGUAGAAGGAUCCAAAAGAUCUUCUCAUAGUAACGCCUAUUUUUAUGGUUUAUUUAAAUCAAAAAGAAUUGUGUUGUUCGAUACAUUAUUGCCUAAGGAUGAUGGUACAGGAUGCAAAAAUGAUGAAAUCCUAGCAGUAUUAUCUCACGAAUUGGGACAUUGGUACCACAGCCACAUUAUCAAAAAUCUUAUUGUAAUGCAGGUUAAUCUGUUUUUAUUGUUCUUAGGAUUCUCUGUUAUAUUUAAGUACGAACCAUUAUACGAAGCUUUAGGUUUCGUUAAAGUUAGGCCUGUACUGGUAGGACUCUUUGUAGUAUUGCAGUAUGUUAUGAUGCCGUAUAAUACAGUUCUUAACUUCCUAAUGACUUGUUUAUCUAGAAAGUUUGAAUUCCAAGCUGAUGACUUUGCUGUGAAUCUAGGCAAAUCUGAGGCUUUAGAAAGAGCACUUGUACAACUGAAUAAAGAUAAUUUAGGUUUUCCAAUUAAUGAUUACCUUUACUCUGCUUGGCAUCACUCACAUCCUCCAUUACUAGAAAGAAUAGCCGUUUUGAGAGAGAGUGCGAGAAAAUCCCAAUAGACUGAGUUUUACACAACCAUUGUUACCUUUUUUGUAAGCAUUUUUUAUAGUUUAUUGAAUAAAAAUGUAAACAUUUAAUUUUAAAAUAAAUUAUAAGAACAUG